UCUCAAGACAAUCAACUCCGCAUCCAACCAUCCUCUUUCGCAUUACUCAAGGCAGGUGUGGCAAGCCGCACACAAGAUGCCUCGCUCCCCUCGUAGGUCCCGCUCUCCCGAGCAGCACCGCUCCUCACACCGGAGUUCGUAUCGAAGCCCCUCGCCAUCAAAGUCUGGCCGAGACCGCCGAGAUGACCGAGACUCUCGUGACUCUCGCCGCCGAGACGACCGCGACCGAGACUACGACCGGGACCGCCGUUCGCGCGACGAUGACCGAUAUGUGAGGGACCGUGAGCGUGAGCGAGACCGAGACCGUGACCGCGAUCGUGACCGUGACCGCGAGCGCGAUCGCUACGACCGCCGCAGGGACGACCGUGGGGACGACCGCCGAGACCGAGACCGUGAUCGUGACCGCCGACGAGACGACUAUGACCGCUACGACGACCGCGAGCGCGACCGUCGACGAGAUGACCGAGACCGCGAUGGACGCCGCAGCGAUGACCGUGAUCGCGACUCUGGUCGCGACCGUGUCAACGGUGAGUCCUCGAGGCGCUCCGGCCGUUCACCAGAACCCCGCCGCCCGAACUCGGACUCGCCCGCUCCCGUGUCGGAGGAGGAGAAGAAGCGCAUCGCCCGUGAGCGCCUGGAAGCUUGGAAGAAGAGCCGUGAGCUGGCCAAGACGGCGAGCGCUAGCAACUCGGCAGCCUCGACGCCCGAGCCAAAGUCGCCAGUGAAGCCUGGUUUCAGCAAAGGCAAGUCUAGCUUGUCGUUCAGUUCGCAGUCGCUCUCACGCAUCGGUGUGCCAUUGAAGCCGACGCCGCUCAAGCGCUCGCUUGGACUGGAUGACGAUGACGACGAGGGUGACCGCAAGCUUCUCAAGCUCGACUUACCGUCAUUCGACCCAGAAGUGCAGAGCGGAACAGCAGCAAAUGUUGAGGCUGUCACCGAGGACAUGGCGGCUGUUGAGGGAGAGGAGAACGAGGACGACUCGACUGCCGUCAAGCAGGAGAAUGGCACGAACGGAACCGACUCCAAGAUGGACGUUGAUGAGGAGGAAGACGAGGACCCACUGGACGCCUUCAUGAAGUCCAACACGGCCGAGGUCAAGCGGGUCACACAACAGGAUCGACAACGGCAGGGGCUUAUCGGAGGCGAUGAGAGCGACGAUGAGGUUGAGAUCCGCAACUCGGCCGCCGAGGGCCUUGCCAAGGCCGAGGCGCUCCUGCAAGCAGCUGCAAGCAAGUCGAGGAAAAAGGACCUUCCCACUCCCGACCACUCGCUCAUCGACUACGAGCCGUUCCGCAAGAACUUUUACACUGCACCCGUCGAAGUUGCCGACAUGGACGAAGAAGAUGCCGAGCUACUCCGCCUCGAGUUGGAUGGUAUCAAAGUUCGUGGUGUCGAUGCCCCACGCCCGGUUCAGAACUGGGGCGCCUUUGGUUUACCAGUUGCCGCCCUCGACGUCAUUCGCGCCAAGGAGUGGGAGAAGCCGUCGCCUAUCCAGGCCCAGUCGAUCCCGUCCAUCAUGUCGGGUCGCGACGUCAUCGGCAUUGCCAAGACUGGAUCAGGAAAGACGAUUGCUUUCUUGCUACCGAUGCUCCGCCAUGUCAAGGACCAGCGACCAGUCAGUGGUCUCGAUGGCCCUAUCGCUGUCAUCCUCUCGCCCACCCGUGAGCUUGCCACCCAGAUCUACAAGGAGGCCAAGCCCUUCGCCAAGGUAAUGAACCUCCGCGUGUCGUGCACCGUCGGUGGCCAGUCCAUCAGCGACGACAUUGCUGCCAUGAAGAAGGGUGCUGAGAUUGUGGUCUGCACUCCCGGUCGUAUGAUCGACCUGUUGACCGCCAACAAUGGUCGUGUGACCAACCUUCGCCGUACCACCAUGCUCGUCAUGGACGAGGCUGAUCGCAUGUUCGACAUGGGCUUUGAGCCUCAGGUCAUGAAGAUUAUCAACAACACUCGCCCCGACGCCCAAAAGGUUCUCUUCUCGGCGACCUUCCCCAAGACGAUGGAGGCGCUUGCCCGCAAGAUCCUCGUCAAGCCACUUGAGAUUACGGUCGGAGGCCGUUCAGUCGUCGCCGCCGAGAUUGAUCAGCGUGUUGAGGUUCGUGACGCCGACACCAAGUUCAACCGUCUCUUGGAGAUCCUUGGCGAGAUGAGCAACGAGCACCCCGACGAGCCCGACUUCCGCACUCUCAUCUUCGUCGAUCGCCAAGAGUCUGCCGACGACCUGUUCCGCGAGCUGCUACAGCGUGGAUACCUCGCCUCGUCACUUCACGGAGGCAAGGACCAGGUCGACCGCGAGGAGGCCAUCAAGAACUUCAAGAGUGGCGAUAUCCCCACCAUGGUCGCCACAUCGGUUGCUGCUCGUGGCCUCGACGUCAAGGAGCUCAAGUUGGUCAUCAACUACGACGCUCCCAACCACAUGGAAGACUACGUCCAUCGUGCUGGUCGCACUGGACGCGCAGGCAACACCGGUACCUGCAUCACGUUUGUCACGCCUGAGCAGGAGAAGUUCUCGGUCGACAUUGUGCGAGCUCUGGAGGCGUCCAACGCGUUCAUUCCCGACAAGCUCAAGGAGAUGUCCGAUGGCUUCCUCAAGAAGAUCAAGUCGGGCAAGGCACGAGCUGCUGGCAGCGGUUUCGCAGGCAAGGGUCUCGACCGCAUUGAGCGCAAGCGUGAAGAGAAGGACCGCGCCGAGAAGCAUACCUACGGCGACACUUCUGAAGCCGUGUCGUUGUCUUCUCGUGAGGGUGCUGUCAUUCCCUACAAGCCCAAGCAGAACGACUUCAAGCCCGGUGAGAACUCCAUGAAGGGCGAGUCGGACUACACCUUCACCGAGAUCAACGUCGAGGUUGUGCACGGCCCCGCUCCCGACAAGCUGCCGUCUGGUCCUGCGGCUCGUGGUACCAAGGCGGACGCGGCCUCGCUGCCUGCGCAGACACUUGCGAUGAUCGACCAGGCGCGCAAGGAAGGACGACACAUCGACGCGGCCAAUCUGGCCAAGAUUGCGGCCAAGCUGGAACAGACGCUCGAGAAUUCCAAGGCUGCUGCUCUGGGAGCAGCGCAGGCACCCGACCCGCACCGUCGUACCAAGGACCCAGAUGCUACCGACUGGCACGCCAUCUUCCCGAUCAACGAUUACCCGCAGAAGGCUCGUUGGAAGGCGACCAACAAGGAGCAGAUGCUUCUCCUGUCCGAGAUUUCUGGCGCUUCAGUCACCAUGCGUGGUGUCUACUACCCGCCUGGCGACGAGCCUGCCCUCGGCCAAGAGCCCAAGCUCCACCUCCUUAUCGAGUCCAACGACGAGAUGCGCGUGCGCGCGGCGGUCGAAGAGCUCCGUCGCAACCUUGUCGAGGCUUCGGUACAGGCGCUCAACAACACUGACCGCGCGGCGGCGGCCGACGCCGAGACGGUUGAGCAGGCUAUCGUCCCCGACCUCGAGUCUUACACCAGCGAGGUGCGGCUCAGGUCGCAUUUGCAGGAUUUCCUCGGCACCACCGCCCCCGCGCGCGCCUUUGCAGACAGGUACAUUCAGUACCGCUUCCCCUCGAUCGCCGCCAGCAGCAGGCCGCAGAUCCUGACUCCGGACCCGGAUCUAGUCAAGAAGCCCAAACCCAAGGCCAAGUCGACGAGCGGCAGCGGGCGCGCGACGCCGGCUGCUUCGUCGUCGUCGACGAACGUUGCAGAGGCGCUCGAGGCCGCGUUCGGGCCUGGGGGCAAGGUGUACCAGAAGCACCAGGACAACGACCUCUUCCCCGGCCGCGGCGGCUCUGGCAAGGGCGCAAACCGCGCAACGCCCGGCAGCGGGGCGCACACCCCACGCUCUGGACUCGUCGGGAGCGCGAUCACCAUCCACGAGGCCAAGCCCAAGCCCGCGCCCAAGGACAAGGGCAAGGCCAAGGAGGACAAGAUCUGGGAUCUGCCCAAGAGCAAGGCUGUCCUCCGGCUCGAGGGCCAGAUUGCCAACCUCAAGGGCAUGCGGGCGGGCUUGGGCAAGGUUGCUCUGAGCGACGACUAUGUGCCAUGCUUCUGUCAAGCCCGCGUUCACCCAAUCGCACCGUACACGCCGCAGUGUGCGGCGUGCGGGCUGAUCCUGUGCAAGCUUCAGCCGCCUCACGCGCCUUGUCCGUCGUGCUCCCGCCCGACGCUUGCGCCUAACGCCUUGUCCCGGCUCAUCGAGCGGAUCCAGGGCGAGAUCGUGGAGCAAGAGGCUCUCGAGCAGGCUGAGCGGGACGAGGAGGACCGGCUGCGCAAGGAGAAGUGGAUCGCCGAGACGGGCGGUGGUUCUUUCCCCUCGCUGCCGGGCAAUGCGCCGAAGGCCAAGAGCACAGCCGACGCAGCGCGCAAGGUGCUCACUAUCGGCAAGAACGCCAAGGGCAAGGGCCGCGCGACGGUCACGACAACGACGUAUACGUCUGUGCCUGUGCCAAGCUCGUCCAAGCCGAAGGAGGAAGCGCCGUCAAAGCCGACCGACAUCAUCCCGCGGCCUAGGUCGCCACCACUCGACCCCGCAAGAGCAGCCAUGGAGCUGAGCAAGAUCCUCUCGUGGCGUGGCGAGCACGAUAGGCCUUGGGGCGACCCCAAGGCUGAGCGCCGCGGCGAGACCUGGUCCUAUGUCGAGCCGCCGCUCCUCGAGGUCGUUGGGCGUGAGGGUACCGGCCGCCGCAGCAAGGCCAAGGAUAAGGCUAAGAACAUUGGCCUUGAUGGGCGCAAGGUUGUUGGCGCAGCGUAG